UGGUCUCCAAGUAAUGGCACUCAGAGUAAUGCAAACAAUAUCUCUAUAACAGUGUCUAAAGCUAAGAAAGAACAACAACACUGGGAGUACAUUCAUGUCACACAGGGUAUGGAGGGAACACAUUUACAGUUUGGGCGAAAUAUAAAAUAAAUUUAUUUAUUUUUCUAUCUUUCUGUGUAUGUGGAACGUAUGUUGAGAGUGUGUAGUUCCCAGCCGGAGCAGUGUGCUGGUUGCACUUGCAGGAAAGCAUGUGAUGUCUUCAUUCACCCUGCUGCAGGUCACAGGAGAAGUUUUAGAAGAAGAUGCUGUUUUUGAGGCUGCUUUUCAAUGCUGGCUGCAGGAGGCAACCCCCUGCAAAGCUGGCCUGCCCCUUAGCAUUGUCUUUACCUGGGAGGACCACUACAAGUAGGUGCCUAUACAGUUAGAUUAGUAUUAUAAAAGGUACAUGUUGCAUGGUUUGAGCAAUGCCAGUGUACAUUAACAGUAAGCUUAUCCCAAAAAUUAAAAAUGUACUGAUUGAAAAUGAAUAGUAGAUUUGUAGGAUGGAGUGGCUGAAUUAAACUGUUUUUUACCUGCAAUGUUUGAAUGGAGGUUACUGGCCAAUCAGUACAGGUUUGGCAUAUAGAUCAUUUAAGAAAGAUAUUACUGUGUUCAAGGGCUAAAUUGGCAGUUUUCUUUUUUUUAACAUGUACUGUAUUACUUUACAAGAUUUUAGAUGAUCCAUGUAAAAAAAAAAAAAAAAAAAUUUAAUUAACUUUUUAAUUUAUUUUUUGUUUCUAGUAAUACAGCUGAGAAACCAAACUUCACAAAAUACUCAUGAAGAUAUGGUAAGAAGUAGCACUAGAAGUGUUGUUUUAUUAUAUUACAGCUUAGAGAAUCAAUAAGUGGAAUAGUGAUUUAAAAAUUAUAGUUGGUCUACAGUGCAUACAUUGCAAGUAAUGAGCGUACACACAAAGGCCACAUUUUAGUUUGCAGGUGAUCAGUAUACAAUGUUAACUGAAAUCUUGAGUGGUUACUUUAAAAUUUAGAAUCCUUAGUGGGGGCAGAUGAUUUGGAAGGUAAAAGUAAUUAAAGUGGCACUGUCAUUGCUGAACUUACCUUUCUUUAAUCUAUUACUCUUCUCUCCCUCUCUCAGGAUCUGUUCUUCAUGUCUGCUCUAGUUUUCCUUAAAGACAAAGUAGGGACUAUUUGUCUUAUGGAGGUUUCCUACGCCUGACCAUCUCUGACCAGCGGCGGAGCAAAGUGUGCUUCAUUUCUGGUGGUCAGAGCAAUUUUCCCUUAAUUCUCACCUUUCCUCCGUGCUCCCGCAAAGCCUUCUUUCACUUUUCAUUUAGACAGAACGCCGGUGAAACUACCGAAUUGCGUCCUAACAGAAUGAGAACAAUUUCAGUUAGGACGCAAUUCGAGACUUUGUUCGUAUCGGAAUUUUAUUCGAAUGAAUGAAACUCCAAUCCUAUUAGUGCCGCAGCUGCAUCUUGCCGCUUAGUAGAUAACUCCCUAAUUCCCACGGUAUUAGGGAGCUAUCUACCAAAAGGCUGAAAGACCUAAAUUGGUCUUAAGCCAAAUUUACUAAUACUAAGUAAAAAAAACAAAAACCCGACCCCCACCCCUAAAUGAAAAUGUUACCUCCCCCAAGGUCCCCAAGCCCCUAGUCACCCCCCUCACCCAAGAAAUCGUGAGGGAGGAACAAAAUAACUAAGUACCUAUAAAAAAAAAAAAAAAAAAACUUACCAUUUGAUGUUUUCUUUUUUCUUAAAUCUUCCUUUUUCAGCCCCCAAAAAGGCCAAAUAAAAAUCCAUAAUACACUUCGAACUUGUCCUAAAAAACCCCCAAAAACUAUUGUGUCCCCCCCCCCCCAUUCUCAUUUAGGGACCCCACCGCCACUCAGGGGUGGGGGCUGUGGGGAGGACAAAAGGUCCCCCCCCAUCUCAUUUAGGGCCCCAACCCGACGCUCAGGGGUGGGGGAGGACAAUAGGUUCCCCUCCACCCACAUUCUCAUUCAGGGCCCCCACCCACCGGUGGGGAGGACAAUAGGUCCCCCCUAUUGUUAUUUAGGGUCCCACCCGCCGCUCAAGGGUGGGGGCUGACACACACACACUCUCACUCACUCUCACACUCUCUUUCUCUCUCUCUCUUUCUCUCUCUCUCUUUCUCUCUCUCUCUUUCUCUCUCUCUCUCUCUCUCUCUCUCUCUCUCUUUCUCUCUCUCUCUUUCUCUCUCCUCUUUCUCCUCCUCCUCUCUCCUCUCUCCCUCUCUCUCUCUUUCUCUCUCUCUCUUUCUCUCUCUCUCUUUCUCUCUCUCUCUUUCUCUCUCUCUCUUUCUCUCUCUCUCUUUUUCUCUCUCUUUUUCUCUCUCUUUUCUCUCUCUCUCUUUUCUCUCUCUCUCUUUUCUCUCUCUCUCUUUUUUCUCUCUCUCUCUUUUUUCUCUCUCUCUCUUUUUUCUCUCUCUCUCUCUUUUUUCUCUCUCUCUCUCUUUUUUCUCUCUCUCUCUUUUUUCCCUCUCUCUCUUUUUUCCCUCUCUCUCUUUUUUCCCUCUCUCUCUUUUUUCCCUCUCUCUCUUUUUUCCCUCUCUCUCUUUUUUCCCUCUCUCUCUUUUUUCUCUCUCUCUCUUUUUUCUCUCUCUCUCUCUUUCUCUCUCUCUCUCUUUCUCUCUCUCUCUUUUUCUCUCUCUCUCUCGUUCUCUCUCUCUCUCGUUCUUUCUCUCUCUCGUUCUUUCUCUCUCUCUCUUUCUCUCUCUCUCUUUCUCUCUCUCUCUCGUUCUCUCUCUCUCGUUCUCUCUCUCUCGUUCUCUCUCUCUCUCUUUUUCUCUCUCUUUUUCUCUCUCUCUCUCUUUUUUUCUCUCUCUCUCUCUCUCUUUCUCUAAAGAAAGGUAAGUUCGGCAUGACCGUGCAGCUUUAGGGAGAAAACUCUACAUCUCUUGCAAACAUUUUAUGGUGUAAAAUGAUUUCCAGCAUUGGCAUUUUAGUCUCUAUAACUAUAAGACAUAUUCCCACUCUCUUAACAACUGCUCUUAAUUUGUUUAGAUUGUGCUUCUAAGGACAUCUUUAUUUAUUAAUUACUUGCUUGACAUGUUUUUCAGUUUUAUUUAUCUCUAUCCAUUGCAAUUACAGCCACAGCAGAUGGAGAAUCCGUAUAAAGAGCCUCCUAAGAAAUGCGUGUUGUGUGGUGUCCCUGUAGAUUACAAGAAUACACAGGUAGCCUUUUUUAGAAGUUAAUCUGCAAAUAAUUCUAAAACCUGAUCAAAAUUAUUUUUAUUGCUAUUGGUGGCAGACAUUUAACUUGUCUAUGCCAAUAGUCAACACCUUGCUUUGUUUGUGAGUGAGUGUUUAGGAACGUAAGCUAUUGUUUUAACAGGAUUUGAAUGUCCUAUGGUAUUGGCAAGGCCUAAAAGUGAGGUGUCCCUGUAAAACUCCUAUUUCAGUGUGAUCACUGUAAAUGGACAGGGCAGUAGCAUAUGCAGCAUCUUUACCCACAAAUGACGUUUGCAGCUUCCUUGAGUUCUUGUGUGUUCAUGCAGCACAUUGAAUAUUUAAUAUUGGUAAUUUUUAUUGCUACAGCUGUGACAGAAAAUUGGAAUAACGUAUCCGCUUUACGUUUGCAAGUACUUUGGCCUGCACUAUGUACAAAUUUUAAAUUUUUUUUUUUUUUUUUUUUUUAAAAACAAGGAGAACUUAAAAGCAGAUUGAGGGUUAGUAAGGUUAAAGGAGACAGUGGUCAAAGGACUGAUAGUCAGAGACCACGCUUGGUACGUAAGGAGUUAGAGUAAGUUCCUAUAGCGCAUAAUAUUAAAGUUAAUCACAGUGAAGUAAGGAGACUAGUACAUUGAUGUCACUGUGAAGACUAGAGACUGGCUAGAAGGUUUACACUAGUUUCAGUGCUUUAAAUUAAUGUUUUUGUCCUUACGGUACUGUGGAGUCAUGCAGCUCGUGUGCACUCCCAGGAGUGAAAAGAAAAUCUUAUUAGUCACUGUCAAAAAAGCUACCAUGUGGCAGGAGAAGAAGAAGCAAGAGGGGGACUUAAGUGCCUGAAACUGUUACCUUUUCUGAAAAUAUGCAGCUGCCCUAUCUCAGUGUUAUCCCACUCAUGACAGAUGCAUGUAUUGGCUUUAUGGCCACUUUUGCAAUAAACUACAGCUUUAAAACCGCACCUGGGAUCCCCACAGGCGACUGACCAAUGUCUAGUAAGUGAGUGGAUAAUUGAGGCCUGGCUUUAUGAUCCUAAAUGAUCAGUGACCAGAAACCAGCCAUGCACUGCAGGUUCAACCUUGUGGAUUUUGUGGUACAAACCCAAAAAUUGCUGUUAUACGUCACCUGUAUAUCUCAAGUUGGACUUUGAAAAGUCCUUAUUGUUCACAUAAAUACUUGAAAUCAUAUUUCCACACAGGCAUUGCGUUUCAUACUUAAUUUCUGCAGAUACCCCUAGCAAUGGACUUAAACACAGAUUUUUAUUUUUAUUAAAACAAAGAAUGGACAAUAUUCCAAAAUGAUCAGCAACCAAAAAUCUUGUGGGUCUCAUCAGCAUUUUCUUCAUUUCUAUUUUCUGUUAACACUGCCCUACAUUAUGUGUUUGCAUGUACUUUACUCUACCACUGAGCAUAAAAUGUAAAGUAAGCACUAGUUCUAAAAUAAACCAUAUGCACCUAAACAACUUUAGCUUAAUAAAGCAGUUUUCGUGUACAGAUCAUGCCCCUGCAGUCUAACUGCCCAGUUUGCUGCAAUCUAGACGUUAAAUCACUUUGUUUAUGCUCCCCUGCAUGUGACCUACACAGUCUACCUACAUAUUUCCUGUAAAGAGAGAUCUAAUGUUAUUGCACAGUCUGUUUAAUUUAGAAUUUCAUAUCUUCCACUUGAGUAGCCAACUAGAGCCUAGUUGUGUGUGAUUAAAGUUUAAAUUAACAGAGGAGGAGGUCAAACUUCUACAGUAAACACACUGUGCUCUUCCCACUGAUUGAAAGUGAAAAAAACAUUUCAAGGAGGCUGUGUGAGUCACAGCAAGAAGAGGUGUGGUUAGGGCUUCAUAAACGGAAACAAAAGUGAUUUAACUCCUGAUUGGCAGAUAAUUGAGCUGUGAGGCUGGAGGGGCAUGUUCCAGACACCAAAACGGCUUUAUUAAGCUAAGGAAGGAAGUUAUCAUAAAGUACUUCAAAAUGUGUAUACCUUGUAUUGAUAUAUUUUUUAAUAUGUUUAUUGCAAAUUGUGGACAAACAACAUAAACAGAGCGCUCAAAAAACAUUUCCUCUUUCCUGCACAAUGGAAAGCUGGAAACUAGUCAACAAAUAAGUUUUCUAGUUGGAUGCCGGGAUCACAUGUUCUCUAGAGCUCCAUUCUUUUUUAUGAUUGUGAUGCAAUUAAAAGUGAUUUGGUUAGAUAGAAUUAAUAUUAAUCUUAAACAUAUAUUUUAUGGAAAUCUUUGUAGAUACAGUGCUUUAAAUGGACACCAAAAGUGAUUUGGUUAGAUAAAAUUAACAUUAAAAAUUUAUUUUAUGGAAAACUUUUUAGAGACUGCUUUAAAUGGACACUUUAUGGAACAAAAUCACCUCAUCUUAAUUAAGUAGUUUUGCAGCAUAGAUAGAUUUUACAACCCAACACCCCUAGUGGCUGUCACUCACAUUAAAAUAGGUUCAAUAACUGAAUCUAUUUUACAUUUGUUGUCAGCAUUCCAGACGCUGGGUGUGUAUGCCUAAUGCUUAUUUAUGAAAAGCAUUGGAUUGCAGCUCAUAGAAAAGUAUUUCAUUGGCAGAUUGCCAUUCAUGCAUUAUAUGUCUGCAGUGCUUUUCUGUGAAAAACAUUCAAUUCAACACAGACAUCAGUCUUAAUGGUCUCACAGUAGGCAGAUCGAGCUGCAGUGAGGAGCCUGUCCAACACCAGAUUACAGGUAAGUUUACAGGAACAUUCCAAAGUUAAAAACAAAAAUUUGGUUUUAAUGUUUUGAGUGUUCCUUUACUACAAUAACUGCCAUGCAUUACCCUCAUACCUGCAUUUUUAUGAAUUGGAACAAAGUGGCACAUCUACCUAAAAUAAAAAAUAAAUAAAAAAUUGCUGUCCUAAUUAAUUACACUUUGAGAAAAUAAUUUGUAGUUAAUCCUUGGUUAUAAACAGCCACUGAAAAUAAAAUCAUGGUUAUCAUGAGAAAUUGCUGCCCUUUUAUCUAAUUUGACCCUGUUUAAGAUUAUUUUAUAUUUGUUUUUAUAAAAUAAAAAUGUUUUGUAUUUACAUUAUAUUUUGUUUUUAAAAGCUGCUGUCUCAGUUUAUAUCAUCUCAGACUGGGCGUAUGUAUGGCAGACACAUAACAGGUAUUUAUAGAGUUUUGUUUAUUAUUUGCAUUUAGUACAGGGUUUAUUGGUUGAAAUGCAGGCAGUCUUGUGCCGUUGACCUAUUCUACGAAUAUAACAUCGGCCACAAGUAUCUGUAUCUGUGUUUGUUUGUUUUUUGUUAAUACAAUGCAUUUUUCAUGCAUGUUUUUUUUUCUUCCUUUUUUCAAAAUGCAAAAAAACAAAUCCUAAAAGAAAAUUCUAGUAUGUAGAUACACCCUCGAAGAAAACAUGCAUUCAUCUAAUUAUGCAUUUUUACGUUGGAGGUUUAUCUAAAACAUCUUGCCAAAGCUGCAGAUCUCUUGUCUGAUGCCAUUAUAGGCAGUGGUGUAUCUUGAAAUGGUGCUGCCCUAGGCAUGACAGAUCUUGGGCACCCCCUAAUUUAAAUUUACCCGCCCCUUCCUGCCAAGGCCACUCCUGUUCCUGUUAACUUACACAUAUUUUGACUGACAGACACACACUCACUGACUAGCACACACUCUCAGUUACACUGACAUGCACACACAAAUACACUCACUGAUUUGACACAAUCUGACAGACACAUUCAAUCAUUCAGACAAACACUGACAGACGCAUACACUCACUGACAGAUGCGCAUAAGCAUUGACAGACGCGCCCACUUACUGACAGACACGCACAUUCAAUGACAGACAGACACACACUCACUGACAAUCACAAACACACACUCACUCUUAUUCACUGACACACUCACACACAUUCACUGACAAACACACACACACAUUUUCCACCAACACUCUCAAUUAUUAUUUUAACAUUUUUUUAAAUCCACCCAGCCUGCACUCAAUACCUCAAGUAGCCUCACACACCACCAGAUGAAAACUAUUAAAUAGAUGUUAAAUCUGCAGGGUGUCCCAUGGCUUUAUCAUCCAAAGUACUUAAUGUGAAAGAUGGACUGCAAGCAAUAACUAUAAUAGUGAUCCUAGACGCUUGUGUCCUAGAGGUUGUCAGAUGUACCUGCCAUGUAGUAAGUGGUUGGCGGAAGUACCCAACAUUCACUAAAUGGUUGGCGGAAGUACCUAGCAUGUACUAGGUGGUUGGCGGAAAACAUGUAUAUCGCUUACUUAGUAUUGUGGGUUAGGGCAGAUCUGUCAGCCAAGUCUGCUUCUUUUUGCCCGCCCUCUCCAGGCUCCCCCCUGCUCAUCACAAAUAUCCUGCUGUGACUCACCUGUUUCCGGACGGGCUGGGUUUGGGAGGAAGAUGACACUGGGUCCUGACCAUCUUCUGGCACCGAGCAAAUGUCUCUGGAGCGCAGUGACUUCCAGAAAGCCCGUCCGCGUCCCCAGCUGCCACCACCGCAGGAGGAGGUGUCCUACCCAGGGCAAGAGCUAUGUGGAGCUCAUGAGUCUAAAUGAGCACUGUAUACAGGCGCUGUCCUGGAGGAAGCUCUACCUGAGCCGUGCAAAGCUCAAAGCUUCCUUCGCACGCCGCAGAGUGAUGCCUGGAGCCGGACUGAUGUCAUAUUCCGCAUCACUGCUGGUUGCGCGAGGGAGCUGAGCAGUAAGAACUCCCUCGCUGCCAGCCCGCCCAGGAAACAACUGAUUGCCUGCACCGGGGGGGCCCAAAGAUGGCCAGCUCUUGGGCCCCCAUAAAAUGAGGCAAACAAGGCAUUAGCCUGGGCAAUGGGGGCAGUGUUUUUUGUUGCCCAAGGCAAAUGCCUUGUUUGCCUCGCGGUAGAUAUAGCCUUGAUUACAGGGAUUCCUCUUCUAUCUCAGCCCAGACGUUCUGUGGCUGUCUUAUAACCGCAUUUCCAAUGCAGCUCAGUGAGAAGUCUUUGCAAGUCAUAUGCUCUAUGCAAUUGCUGCCACUUGAGUUUAGCUCCACUGAAAAAGACUACAAAGAAAUAACAGGACCGGUUGUCUGUCUGACCAAUUUUUAUUGAAACCUGCACUUAUUGUAAAAUUAAAGGACACGUACUUCACACAGAAAGCACUUCAGCAAUCCAAAGUGCUUUAGGUAUUUGUAGUGUUCCUUUAACCUUUAAAUGGGGAUGCAGGGACAGACUGGGUAGACUGACUUGUAUACAUCCCAAUUGCUUUGAAUCCUGUAGGAAUGUCCUUAAUUCAGUCAUGUCCGACUGCCCUGGGUUUGUUCCCUGCUGUCCUGCCUCUAGGGACAUAGGAAUGGUCCUCCGCAAGCACAACACAAGCGCAUUAUUACAUACGCCUAAUCUGUGUAAAAUGCACUCAGCCUAUGGGCAGAGCUCUACGCAUGUGUACUACUGAGUAAGUCUGGCAAGAGAGUCUGUCAAUCUGACAUUCCCCUCUUUUCUGGAAAGAAAGUGCCCCUUAGAGACAUCACCAUUAUGCUCAACCUAGUCCUGAUUUUAUAUAUCCCAGUGUUGGAAAUUGUGAAAUGUGGAAUAUUAAUUUAGCAUUAAAAAGCACAAAUGUGUCCUUAAGGGGCUAAAUAAGUAUCUCAAAGUAAAAAAAUAACCUACACAUAGAUAAAAUACUUGAAGAAAAAAAUUAGGGCCAGCUACAGAUAUAGCACAUGCAUAUUAUGUAAACAUAAUUUCUGAUAUAAUUCAUUUAAUAGAGUUGCAGAAUAAGCUGUUACCACACCCUCCCCCACAAAGUCAAAUUCCAUUCUAACCAUGUUUUGUGCAUUAACAGUAUUUUCAUUUAGUUAUGAUGAACAGACUGGGGAAACCAGCAGGUGGCAUCAGUAAUUCUUCACAUUCAGUGCUCUUGUCCACAUUAACCAUUGUGGUUUCCCUGUCCUCCCCUGUUAUGAGCAGUGCCACUUAUAUAUCAAGCACUCAGUGUGUGUAUAGUGAGUGGGAGGCUUCCAUUGGAACAUUCCAUCUAAAGCACCAGUGUGUGUGUUCUAAUUGUCAGCAAGUCAUGUUUCUUGCAAGCCAGUUGUGAAAUGCUAGUUUAGUCAUUCUGUAUUUCUUGUUAUUGAAUUCAGCAUUAACAUUAUUUUGUUUUCAGGUUUAUGUGACAAGAAACAAAAGGCAAUUUCAAAAGCCAUAAAGAGAGCUCGCAUAAUGGGUACGAAAUGGCAUAUUAGUCACCUGUGUGUGUGCUGUAUGAUUGCUUCCAUAAAUUUAAAAAUCCAUAUUUUGUUUUGCAGGGUUUAUGCCUGUUGCAUACAAGGACCCUGCUUUUCUGAAAGACCCUAAAGUAUGUGAUAUUUGACAUCCUGUACUAAUUAUAUAUUGUUAAUAAAUAUUGUUUUGCACUGCGUGUGUACUGUCUCUUGAUUGUCAUGCUUACAGUAACUAAAAUCAUUCAAAUGGGACCAGUGUUCACCUUCAAAGUACAAUUGUUGUAAAGCAAGCAUCUCAAGGUAGAACCCUAGCUGUUGUAGAAUUUUACCUUCCAUGAUUCUUGACUGUGUAGGUCAAUACAAUAUACCUUUGGCCUCCCCAGUACGAAAGUGUGUUACUUAGUUUAUCGACUAAUUUACUAGGUUAGCAAACCUUACCUAGUAUCAUCACACAGCAUCAUUGUGGAAAUUGGACUUAUUGAAAUCAUGAGACGGACAAUAUUUGGACCUAGAAGUGGAGAUGUUACUAUCAAAUUUAUGUUUUAAUGAGAAAGUACUUAAGACUAAACUGGGAAAACUUGAGGGCGCCAUAGAGUUCUUAUUCAUAGUCAUGAUGCCCGACUAUGUUGUUCAAAUAGUUAAAACUUUAUUAAAAUAUCCGCUAUUAUUGUGGUAUUUCUGAGUGGAACUUCCACAUCAGCAGUUCUUGGGAAAAGGAUCAGAACUUCUAUUCCACUUAGAGGUUGCCACAACAUUUCCCUAGAAGUGUUGUGUGUGCACGUGUUGGUAGUGUGUAUAUUUAGUGACGGUUUGACUACUUACCAAACCAUCCAUCCCUGCAACAUGAAGGCCAUUUAAUUUUGAAAACUGCAGCUUUAAAAGUUACAAACCGAUGCAGAAAAUAUUCAACUGUACUUCUUUUAUUUUGUUACUAGUUUAUUACUUUACUAUAAUGAUACCAUUGUUACAUAUAGUUUACCACUGUAAGUUACAUAUAGUUAUUAAUAAUCUGGCUGUUUAGAAUUUUGGUUAGCAAAUAUUUAACUGUUUAUAACAAAUGGCUGACCUGCUCCAUUCUUCCUCCUCCUUGCUUGCCACUCCCAGCAGUAAAUUCCUUUUAAGUAACUGUCUUAUCUCUCUUCCUUAGACCCAAACCAUCCAUCCCUGCAACAUGAAGGCCAUUUAAUUUUACUCCGCUCUACCCACCCACACUGGUUCCUUCUAACUAUGUAGCAUGCACCACCAGCUGUUUGGAACCACAGCCAAUCACCUCACUAUUACCGUCACAUGUUAUCAGCUGCUGCAGUUAUACCAUUAACUCUUUCUGCCAUCACAUACAAAUUCUUCUGCUUACCUCUUGUCUCAUCUCCACAUGUUAACCUUUAGAUUGUAAGCUCACGGGUAGGACCCUCUACCUGUUGUAUCGGUCUGUUCUUAUUGUGUUUGUCUUCUUCCCAAUUGUAC